AUGAGGGCAAGUACAUCCGUUCAGUGUGUAAAGCACUUCAAAAUCAGAUCACAGCUCCCUCUGCACCAAAGACAACGAAGAGGGCAGAAAUCAUUUGAAUGCACAGAGAGUGGAAGGAGAUUCAGUGAGACAGGGAAUCUUCACAAGCAUCAGAGAAUCCACAAAGUAGACAGACCUUUGGACUGUUUAGAGAGUGGAAAGAGAUUCAGUCAGAGUGGCCAUCUUCAAAGUCAUCAGAGAACCUACACAGGGGAGAGACCUUUUGAAUGCUCAGAAUGUGGAAUGAGGUUCAGUGAGAGACGGAAACUUCAGAUGCAUCAGAGAAUCCACACAGGGGAGAGACCUUUUGAAUGCUCAGAGUGUGGAAAGAGAUUCAAUGACAGUAGCAGUCUUCACAGGCAUCAGAGAACCCACACAGGGGAGAAACCUUUUGAAUGCUCAGAGUGUGGAAAGAGAUUCACUGACAGUAGCAGUCUUCACAGGCAUCAGAGAACCCACACAGGGGAGAAACCUUUUGAAUGCUCAGAGUGUGGAAAGAGAUUCAAUGACAGUAGCAGUCUUCAAAGUCAUCAGAGAACCCACACAGGGGAGAAACCUUUUGAAUGCUCAGAGUGUGGAAAGAGAUUCAGUCAGAGUGGCCAUCUUCAAAGUCAUCAGAGAACCCACACAGGGGAGAGACCUUUUGAAUGCUCAGAGUGUGGAAAGAGAUUCAGUCGCAGUGGCCAUCUUCAAAGUCAUCAGACAACCCACACAGGAGCGAGACCUUUUGAAUGCUCAGAAUGUGGAAAGAGAUUCACUGACAGUAAAAGUCUUCAAAGUCAUCAGAGAACCCACACAGGGGAGAGACCUUUUGAAUGCUCAGAAUGUGGAAAGAGAUUCACUGACAGUAGAAGUCUUCAAAGUCAUCAGAGAACCCACACAGGGGAGAGACCUUUUGAAUGCUCAGAGUGUGGAAAGAGAUUCAGUCAGAGUGGCCAUCUUCAAAGUCAUCAGAGAACCCAUACAGGGGAGAGACCUUUUGAAUGCUCAGAGUGUGGAAAGAGAUUCAGUCAGAGCAGCCAUUUUCAAUGUCAUCAGAGAACCCACACAGGGGAGAGACCUUUUGAAUGCUCAGAGUGUGGAAAGAGAUUCACUGACAGUGGCAGUCUAAAAAAUCAUCAGAGAACCCACACAGGGGAGAGACCUUUUGAAUGCUCAGAGUGUGGAAAGAGAUUCAGUCAGAGUGGCCAUCUUCAAAGUCAUCAGAGAACCCAUACAGGGGAGAGACCUUUUGAAUGCUCAGAGUGUGGAAAGAGAUUCAGUCAGAGCAGCCAUUUUCAAUGUCAUCAGAGAACCCACACAGGGGAGACACCUUUUGAAUGCUCAGAGUGUGGAAAGAGAUUCACUGAAAGUAGCCAUCUUCACAGGCAUCAGAGAACCCACACAGGGGAGAGACCUUUUGAAUGCUCAGAGUGUGGGAAGAGAUUCAGUCAGAGUGGCCAUCUUCAAAGACAUCUGAGAACCCAUAUGGGAGAGACAUGUUGA